AUGGCUGCAGGAUUGGUGGUCAUUGCUGCUUGGUUGUUGUUUAUUUGCAUUUGUGUCUACUUUGGCUUGUUGAAAUGGAAUCAGAUAAGGUAUGGAAGAAAAGGGUUGCCUCCAGGAACAAUGGGGUUGCCAAUUGUUGGUCAGAAUACUUCUUUUCUCAAAUACGGACCUGAUUUUAUGAAAAAUCAGAGAGCUAGGCAUGGAAGUGUAUUCAAGACACACGUAAUGGGGAGUCCAACAGUUAUUUGCAUGAAUCCAGAGCUGAAUAGAUACAUUCUUCUAAAUGAAGGAAAAGGAAUGGUUCCUGGGUACCCAACGUCAAUGGUGGAUAUACUUGGAAGACUCAACAUUGCUGCCGUUCAUGGCUCUGAUCACAAACGUGUUAGAGGCUCAUUGCUUUCCCUAAUUGGUCCUCCCUUGAUCAAAGACCAACUUUUUGCAAAAAUUGACCAUUUCAUGAGCUCAUUUCUUCAACAUUGGGAUGGCCAAACCAUUGACAUCCAAGAAAAGGCCUCUGAGAUGGCAUUUUUGAUAUCCUUAAAGGAAACCAUGGAGAAUGAAUCAAAAUUUUUGAAUGAAUCUUUUAAGCAAGAGUUUGAUAAGCUGGUGAUAGGAACAAUAUCACUGCCUGUCAACUUUCCUGGCACAAAUUAUCGUCGCGGAUUAGAGGGAAGGAAAAGAGUGGUGACAGUUUUGAAACAAAUUAUGAAGGAGAGAAGGGCUUCUGGGAUAACAUGCAAUGACAUGCUUGAUAAGCUCUUGAGAAAUGAAGACCCAAAAUACCGAUUAAGUGAUGAUGAGAUAAUUGACCAACUAAUUGUCAUUCUGCAUUCAGGUUAUGAAACUGUGUCUAAAACUACAAUGAUGGCUAUCAAGUAUCUCCAUGACAAUCCAAGAGCUCUUCAACAACUUAGGGAAGAACAUUUAGCAAUCAGAGAAACGAAAAAACCAGGGGAGUCCAUUGACUGGAACGACUACAAGUCCAUGACCUUCACUCGUGCUGUGAUCAUUGAGACCUCAAGGUUAGCUACUGUUGUUAAUGGGGUGCUGAGGAGAACAACUAAAGAUGUGGAGUUGAAUGGGUACAUAAUCCCAAAAGGAUGGAAAAUAUAUGUUUUCACAGGGGAGAUAAACUAUGAUCCAAACCUUUAUCCAGAGCCUUUAACCUUCAAUCCUUGGAGAUGGCUGGAUAAGGGCUUGGAGUCUCACAACUAUUUCUUCUUAUUUGGAGGAGGAAGCAGGCUAUGCCCUGGGAAGGAAUUGGGCAUAGUUUAUAUUUCCAUGUUCCUUCACUAUUUUGCUACAAGAUACAGGUGGGAGAUAUUUGGGAGCGAUGAAAUAGUGAAAUUCCCAAGAGUUGAAGCACCAAAUGGAUUGCAUAUUACCAUAUCAAAUUAUCAAAUGUUUUGGGGUCUGGUAGCCAAAGGAACCCGUGCAACUGAUCAGCUCUGCAAAAAAGUAGAGCGGCAGCCGCAGGUACGUCCAGUAAGUACUGAGUUACUGACCUUUGUAUUAUAA